AUGGAAAGCACCGCCAGAUCAAUCCCCUCCACCGAUUCAUCCUCCAAGUCCUCACAGCCUGGUCAUCUACCAGGCACUCCGAAACCGCCGAUGGACCCUCCACGAAGACGAUCCUCGCUAUUCUUUCAAAGGGUCUUACCGCAUACUCAUUCUCCCAAGGCACCAAGCGCAAGUUUAUCCGAGAGCAAGGACAGCGAGUUCCCUCUUAGCCGCGGUUCGCCCUCGAACGUCGAUCAAGCAGCGGACCGGUCCCCUAUGACAAGGUCUAUUCCCACGCCUGGUCAUGUUGCACAAAUGCAGAAACUCUUUCAAUCGGCCAAAGCCUCCUUCAGAUUGGAUAUGAGUUUUGCUGCUUCUCCAGUUGGCUCAAUUGACGCAAGGCUUCCCGGAAGCCGCGAGGACGGUAGUAACGGAGGCCAAUCAGCUUCGACAUGCUCCACAGAAUCACGGUCGAGGACGGCCAAUACUCCAAAAGACUGGAGAUAUUCAACAGCUCCUAGAUUCAUUGCAGAGGUUGAGGUGGACGUCAGAGAGCCCUUUCCAGACCGUUCCCCCCAGCUACCAAACCUAAGUGCAGUCGGUUCGGAUCAUGGCAAGAUAUUGGUGGCAGAGCCAUUGAGCAGUGGCUUCACAUCUCCCGUCAACCAGGGAGCUCUUGCUUCGCCGCAAACAGAACCGAGAAGCCCUCCUCAUUGUGACGAGAAGACAGCCUCAGACCUUAUCACGGGCAAUUCCCUCGAGAUUGCAUUGCAAGAUGCGGCGUUUGCCGAAGAGCUAGCCACAGCUGAUCUUCAACAGCCGCUCAGGAACCUGAGCAUGAACAGCGAACAGGAUGUGAGGAAAGAUAUAAUGGAUGACUCCCCAAUUGCCAUGCACUUAAAGAAGCGGCCAGCCAUUCUUGAACCGCCACAUUCAAUCCGACAACGCGACUCGGCCGACACUAUCUCCUUGUCAGAAUCUGCACACGCCGCCGCAGCCUCAGCCAAGAUCAAGCGCAAGAUGUUGCCUGAUCUCUUCCUCAAGCCUCCGACUAUCAAGCCCAGCCCUGAAUCAGCAACCUCUCCUGGCAACGCUAUGCCAGCUUCACACCACUCAAAGGCCGACCUCGACAGCUGUCCAGACCCAUCACUGCAUCAACGCGGACCAGCAGUUUUAUGUCCAGACCCCACGCUACAUUUCAAGCCCUCCAGACGCAAUCUCCAUGGCCCUGAGAGCCCAAGUUACCGUCACCAUAUACCCCAAGCAUUCAUAAGAGGGCCCACAGGGCUCUGGAAUCGUGCAACAGAUACAGGAAGCCCAGUGCCCCUGCUCAAGGGCAAGGCUUCCGCACACUCACCGAGAAACAUGAGACGCCAGUCCCAUGAAACAUUGCGAUCUACACCUCACCUGCACCACCCUAGGGUGUAUCCUCAGCAGCCUGAUCUAAUGAAUCGACCGCGGCCCCCGCAGGUGGACGAGCAUUUUCAACCCGGAUGGUAUUAUGCCAAUGGAGCUUCUCAGCCUCAGACAGGGCAGGGACCAAUGUUGUAUUCCUUUUCCACAGCCGCUGCGAAAGUGAUUGGUCAAGACCCUGCUCCUGAUUCGCGGAUUCGAGAUUCGUACAGAACGGAUACAUUGACACCGCUUGCAAAGCCACCAAGUCGAUUCAGGAAGAACGGUAUUCUCGCCCUUGCUGGUUCGCGAGGAGCAGGAAAGUAUUAUGGAGCUCAAGGAUCCCACCCAAGGGCACAUGAUCGACACAUGCAUUUCAAUGAGCCACGCUCUUCCCCAGAUGUCAGGUUCAGAAGCAGCCCACCCCGGUCAUCUUCAGACUCGAGCCGUCCUACCCAAAGUCGAAAGCGAGCCCGAGAGACUGACUCACGUCGCAUGGAAAUCUUUGAAGAUGAUGCAAUCAGAGAAGAGGACGAGCUUGAGAUUGAUCCCAAGCUGAAAUUGGAAGAAGAUGAAGAAGUCAUCGAGGUAGAUGAGGAAACCAGAGCUGCAGUCAGAAUGAGUUUGUAUGGGACACCACCGGUUGAAUCCAGCAUGAAAGAGCUCAGUCCGAAUGUGAUGGCAUGGAGAAAAGGAGCCAGAACAUCAGGAUCUCGCAAAAAGCGACGACCCAGUUAUUGGGAUGGUGACUUGGAAGAAAUCGUGAGAAACCCUGCUGCUCGACACGUGGUCAGUUCACCGAUCAAGAAGGAAGUCGACUCGAGAUCACAACAAGCCGAGGUGGAAUAUGAUGACGAGGUGUGUGAAGGGCCACAGCAGUCAAGCGAAGACGAGCUAGAAGACAUCUCUAGGAUUGCAGAGGGACCAACGGUGCUAUUGGAGGACGUCCAGAUGGAAGAUUGA